AUGGUAGUACUUGUCUUGAGGAAAAAACCUGACUUCAAUCGCAAACCAUGGCCUACUAUAAGUGAAAGCGCGAAAGAUUUUGUUAAGAAGUUGCUUGUAAAAGACCCACGAACACGACUAACAGCUGCCCAAGCCCUAUCACAUCCGUGGGUCAGAGAAGGCGGGAACGCAUCUGAGAUCCCUAUCGACAUAUCUGUGCUUAACAACUUGCGUCAGUUUGUGAAGUACAGCCGUCUAAAGCAGUUUGCUUUGCGGUUCCCUGAUCUUGAAUAUAUCUUAUUUCAGGCUCUUGCUAGUACACUUGACGAGGCAGAGAUUGCUGGCCUCAGGGAUCAGUUUGAUGCGAUUGAUGUGGAUAAAAAUGGUGUCAUCACUCUUGAAGAGAUGAGACAGGCGCUUGCUAAAGAUCUUCCUUGGAAACUAAAGGAUUCUCGAGUUGUCGAGAUUCUUCAAGCGAUUGAUAGCAACACUGACGGGUUAGUUGAUUUCACGGAGUUUGUCGCAGCCGCACUACAAGUUCAUCAACUGGAGGAGCACGACUCCGAGAAAUGGCAGCUUAGAUCACGAGCUGCUUUCGAGAAAUUUGACCUUGACAAAGAUGGUUACAUAACACCCGAGGAGCUUAGACUGCACACAGGGUUAAAAGGCUCCAUAGAUCCGCUUCUUGAAGAAGCGGACAUUGACAGAGAUGGGAAGAUAAGCCUGCGAGAGUUCAGGAGACUUCUAAGAACAGCGAGCAUUAUUAGUUCACAGCAAGUCCCGAGCCGUCCAACUCUUCGGAAAUGAAUUUACUUUUACCAUAAAAAAUUACUUAGCUGAGGGAGAAGGGCCCGAGCGUGAAAUUCACGGUUAAAAUGAUGGCAUUUUUAUCUCGGCUCUUAGAGAAAAAGUAGUCAUACAGUGGAGUAAUUUUUUUGUAAAUUGAAAUGAUUUCGGGCAUAGGGCAAAAGGGGAUUUUGAUUAGAGGAUGGUAGUACUUGUCUGUUUUUUUUUUUUUGGUGGCGA